AUGGCGAAGAAGACUUCGGGUAAGAGUGAGAAAAAAGGCGAAAACAAAGCGGCGGUCGUCGGCCUCUUUGCUCCGCCACAGAGAGCGGCGUCAGUGUCUCAACGGUCGGACUCGAAGUCAUCGAUGACCGACAAUCCGGAGGGUCUUCGGGUGGGCAGCAAAUAUGUGGUCGUGAGAUACGUCGCCGGCGGCUCUUUCGGCCGCUUUUAUUUGGGCAAAAACAUUGUGACCAACGAAGAGAUCGGCAUUAAACUGGAGAAACAGGACAUCGAGAAGAAACAGUUGCCCUUUGAGUUCCGCUUUUACAAGAUGUUGGACGCCGUCGACGGCCCGAGGAGGAAGGGUAUACCGCGGAUCUAUUUCUUCGGUCCGUGCGGUCCGGCCUGGAAUUCGCUGGUCAUGGAUCUGAUGGGCCCGAGUCUGGAGAAUAUACACGACAAGUGCGGCUCAAAGUUCUCGCUGAAGACUACGAUAUUGAUUGUGAACCAACUGUUGGACGUCUUUGAGUUCUUCCACAGCAAAGGCCUCAUCUAUAGGGACACAAAGCCGGAGAAUUUUAUGUUUGGCCGCUCGGGAACCGAUACCUACAAUGUCGUCCAUAUCCUAGACUUAGGCCUCUGUAAGGAGUAUUUGGACGACGAGGGAAAGCACAUCCCGUAUGUCGACGGCAAGGGAGUGACCGGAACCGUCCGCUAUAUGAGCAUCAAUAAUAACAGAGGCAAAGAACAGGGCCGGAGGGACGACAUGGAAGCGCUGGGCUAUAUGUUUGUCUACUUUCUUCGGGGAGAGUUGCCGUGGAUAGGA